ACCACCACUAUCCCACAGUGCCCCGCGCUUUCAUUUCCCUCAGACCGCCAGUAUCCCACAGUGCCCCGCGCUCCAUCCCCUCACGGCGCCCCGCGCUCCAUCCCCUCACACCGCCGCCGUCCCUCCGCGCCCCGCGGCCCCGCGCAGCCAUGGCGUACCGCGGGCAGGGCCAGAAGGUGCAGAAGGUGAUGGUGCAGCCCAUCAACCUGAUCUUCCGCUACCUGCAGAACGUGAGGGUUUUUUGCGGGGGGUGGGGUUGUGGUUUUGGGCUUUUUUUGGGAUUCCUGUGUUUUGGGUGUUUUUUAGGGUGUUUCUGGGGUCUCACCGGGGCUGUGCUGCUCCUGCAGGGCUUUGAUGAGUACAUGAACCUGGUGCUGGAUGAUGCUGAGGAAAUUCACUCCAAAACCAAAUCCAGGAAGCAGCUGGGUCGGAUCAUGCUGAAGGGGGACAACAUCACCCUCCUGCAGAGCGUCUCCAGUUAGGGACCAGGACAGCCCCGAGCUCCUGGGGAUCCUGUUUUGUACUCGGGCUUUUGGGGAAUAAAAUGGGGUUUUUCACAAAAGCUGGCAGUGGGGUCCCAGGCUCGGGGUGGGGAAAUGAUCCCAGGGGUUUGCCCUGGGGGUUGGGUCUGGGGGCUCAAGUUUUCCCACACCAAGCCCUGUAUCCCAAAAACAAUUCCAUCUUCCCCAGAUCAAUCCCAUCUUUCUAAAAUCCAUCUGUUCUUCUCAGAAAUAAUCCUUAAUUUCCCCAAACAAAUCCCUUUAUCCCAUAACCAAUCCCUUCUUCCCAAACCAAAUCCCUUUUUCCUGAGACCAGUCCCUUCUUCCCCACAAAAAAUCCCUUAUUCUUAAAAAUAAUCUUUUUUUUUCCCCAAAACCAAUAUCAUUAUCCCAAAAAAAUCCUUUUCCCAAACAAAUCCCUUUUCCCAAAAAACUAAUCUCUUUAUGCCAAAUUCAUCUUCUUUUUUACCCCCCAAAAUAAAUAUCUUUAUCCCAAAAUCAAA